AUGUCUCCCAAGAUGAAGAAGAGGCCACUUUUAUUCAAGGGUAGCAAAAUUUCUUUCGAUAUCUCAACAACCUUUAAAGUCUCAAGGAAUUUAGCUCUACCUUCUUUUGUUUCAUGCGGACCGCUCUCACACCGGGCAGAGGCCUCCGAAUAUUGCGUUGUGGUCUCCAAAGAACCUGGAGGAUUGAGGGCACCAGAGAUAUGCCUUGGAGCAUGCUUCGGCUUGUCGACAGUAUCGAGCGACCUCUCUUCUAUGCCCGAUCUCGUGCUCGUCGCAUACGCAAACGUUCUCUGUCCGAACCAGAAGAAGCAGAAAUGGCAGACCGUAGCCCUUCCCAGGACUUCUUGGGACUUCCUCCAGGUAAGAAGAAGGCAGACGUCUACAUCGUGUAUCUAUUGUGUACUAAUCAGCGGCUUAGAGAUGCGAAAUCACAUCUACACUUUUGCCACGUACGCCACGACUAAAGAGGGAUGUUGUGUCGUCCCAUGUUUGGCACUCGCUCAGACUUGCCGACAGAUUCGCCACGAAUACCGAUCCAUGUGCCUGAGGGCUGAUGUUGUGAUCAACUGGAGAGAUGUCCCAUCGUAUUUCGACACGUUUUUUCCCACCAGCAAGGGCAAGAUCGUAAACAUCGGUCUCGUACCCAAGUGCAUGACUAUCUUCACGAACACCUUUCUUAGGAACGAUCAGGACCAAAUACCAGUCGAACUUGAUCUCCUACCGAUACUGAAGUUUGGCCUUGCGAACAAGAUGUUCACAUGCAAGUUCGUCAAGUGCGAAGUUCAAAACAGUGCAUGCGUGCAAGAUGAAGAAAUCUUCAGGGAGGAGAUACAGACCCUGCUGGCGGCCGAUGUGAAUACAAUCCAGAAGCUGCUCACACAUCAGCACCAAGAUUGGGUGGAGGAUGUCACCAAGGGCAGGAUUCACAGACUCAUGGUCUCCCACAUCGGUACGGAUGCUUAUCCGCACGCAAAAUUCUACAUUGGACCUGGCGAAGACAACAGUGUUCCAUCUGAGUUCGUCAAGACUAGCCGAAACAAACUGCAAGCAGAAGCGGACAAUGCAUUGCGCAGUCAGGAAGUUCUCAGCCGUCAUGGGCUUUUCGCGGUUCCGUAUAACUUCAACGAAUACGUCCGGCGCGUCGAACUUCGAAACAUCUUCCUGGACAACCCAUACGUCUUUCUUUGGGACUUUGAAUGGGACGAGACUGACCAGGAUUCAGACUCCAGCUUCGUCCAAGACUGGAGAUGA